GAUGAUGGCGGAGGUCGGCAGGCGAAGAUAUCAGAAAAGUGCGAAAAGACGAUCCGAUGCAAUCAAUUUUCUGGCAAACAUAUCUCUCGAUGGCAAUUUUUCACAGCCCGAAGAUAGUCCAGUGAAAGCAGAAAGUAGACAUGAGUCUCGUGGAGGGAAAGGAACAGGCAAGACUGCCACAGACAAACAAGAGAAACAGACCUCGGACUCGAAUCUGUACGUUCCGAAGGGCCGAGCAGGCCUUCGAGAUGUAGGCCUAACAGAAACAGACGCAUCGACCAGCGAGGUCGCGUUAAUCCCUGGGACAGAAGAGAGCCUUUUCCUUGGCGAGGCCCGUGGCCGCACACGCUCCACCACCAAGACAAUUUUGGGAGUAUCCUCGGGAAGUGUACGGGUUAAGUCAUUCAGUGAAAGACAUGAAAGAGGGUCGCCGCUAAUUCCAAGUAAAUUUGAUCCUGGAUCACGACCAAGAGCCCAAACACAGAUCCCCUCGGCUGUUGACCAGGUCAUUAAAGGCCGCCCUCUCCAUCCGGGCCUGGCUGUUGAUACCACGGUGGUUGAGGGUGCCGUUCCACACAAGCCAGUGCCCUACUACCACAAUGUCCAUCACCACCACCAUCAUCGUCAUCACACCACUUCACAAGUGUUGAGCUCUCAAACCCAGAGUGCCGACACUGAUGUCUUGCCGCUAGUGAGUGCCCUGAAAGAAAGGCCGGCCUGCACCGGCGUGGUGCAUGUGGCCCAGUCACUACCGCUGCAUUCACACAAACAGAGCAGGGUGCUCCUAGUGUCAGCACGCAAGGUACCAUUCUCCCUCUAUUCAGUCUUGCCGUACAGCCGACACAGUCAACAUGGCUUACUCAGGAAUGACUCAGAUAUCAUUGCAACCAGUCGCACCAGGAAGAGCUCCGGUACCAGAGGCAUGGGGAGUGAUACAUUUUCCGGUCUCACUGGAAUCGAGCUUGGCGACAGUGGAAAGGAAAUUUCCUACCGCCAUCUUCUGGUACCGACCAAGGACCAGGCUGUCUACCGUAGACAGCACAGUAUGGAUAUCCUCAGCUCCCCACACUCACCUGCACUGAGGAAGAUUCAGGGUCAUCCACUCUCUGUACAAUGGGACAGAGGUGACUCUGAAAUCUCACUUCUAGAACAUGCCGCCAGCAUCUUGCCCUAUGACCCCAUGGAGCUAGAUGACCCUGGAUUGCAUGCUGGGAAACAUAGCAAAGUUUUGACUUUCACAUCGUACAUGGUAUCCAUAUUAGAUUACACCAAACCGUCCGAGCUGAAGAAAGACAUCAAUCAGAAGUUUAAAGACAAGUUUCCACAUAUAGAUCUGUCCCUCAGCAAACUGAGAAGUAUCAAGAGAGAAAUGAAGAAAAUAGCCAUUGAUGCAGGUACUUUAGAGCUGCUGACGUUAGCCCAUGCCUAUGUCUACUAUGAGAAACUCGUCCUGAAUGGCAAAAUCAACAAAGAGAAUAGGAAAUUAUGUGCAGCUGCUUGCCUGACCUUGGCAGCCAAAAUGAGUGACACAAAAGGUGCAGAUUUGCAGAACCUCAUCAAGGAAAUUGAGGAUACAUUCCGAGAGAACCGCAAGGAUUUCCUGCAGCUGGAGUUCCCCAUCCUGGUGGCCCUGGAGUUCAGCCUACACCUCCCUGAGGCUGUUGUCCUUCCCCACUAUAGACGCAUCGCCCAGCUUACAUGACCCAGGCUCUAACAGUAACCGUCAGUCAUUCAUCAAAAGCCAAACCUCUGUCAGUCUACAAGAGCGAAAGCUCUGUUUUAGUAGCCACUGCUGUAAACAGCACAUGUGGCAGUGGAUUCUAGCUACAAUGUAUGUAGGUGCCUCUAUAGGCUCUAGUGUUAUUUCAAGCCACAGCCAAAACAUUUGGACUCAAUCCUAUAAACCCAGAGUAUAUCAGCUCCAAGCAGGAACUGUAGAAUACACCAUGCAUGUCACAUCCACUCAUGCAGGGCAUUAUUCAAAAUCCAGGCCAUUUUUGAGUAGAGUUGAGCUGAGCUGUCAGGAAUGACAAUCAAUCUGUCAGGAAUUUCUUUGCUUGUCAGAACUGGGCGUCAAGGUGGCACAGUAGUUAAAUUUUGAAUCUGCAUAGAUUAUUGUACAUUACAGUAUGGCAUGUAAUGUUCUAACCAUGUCCUCAGCAAUGAUACCAACACAGGUAAAUACUAGUUAAAGGUUGGCUCAGCCAGCAACAUUCAUCCGUUUCCAAGGACUUACAAGUUGUUAAAAGUAAGUUCAUCCCUGCCUUGUUAAUAGGAUCUUUAUUCGGUAUUUGAACAUAGCAGUUGAUGUAAUUACUUAUAUUUACAAAUAUUUUGUGUACAGAUAUGACUUACUUCGGAGUCAGUGUGUAAAAAGCAAAUUGUUCUAUGCGUUCGACAGUGUCAAAAGACAGCAUUUUGUAAACUUUUGGUUUGGGCUUUUAAUGAUCUUUUUAUCCUUUGAUGAUAAGGGGCUUAUCCAUAACUGCCAGCAUUUGCACAGUGCUAUCCUGAUGAAGGAAAUCAGUCAGUUGGGUUUAAGUACUGUGCAGUUUUACAAAAGUAUAAUUUGAAUAAAAUCUGGCACACUGAGUUAUUGCGCAUAGACAUAACGAUUUGAAUUCCCCAGACUAAAGACACU